GCAGCGUGUGUGUGUGUGUGUGUGUGUGUGUGUGUGUGUGUGUGUGUAGAGCUGGGAGAGAUUUGGGAGGUUUAGGGGCUCGUUGCCAUGGCUCCCUUGAAGCUCUGCCGAAGGAGAUAUUGAUGCCAGUCACGGAGGGACCCUUCUUCCUUUCUGCACGCUUGAUAUUUUCUUCCCUUCUUCUCUCUCUCUCCCCCUCCCUCUCUCUCUCUCCCUCUCUCUCCUCCUCCCUCCCUCCCUCCUCCUUUCCCCUUUUGGCGGAGCAGGCAAAGUGAUUAAUUUGGCGAGCCGGGACGGGGCUUCCUGGUGCUGCGCUCGCCUCCAGAGCAAAAACGGAGCCGGACUCCCUGGCAAACUCCUGCUGCCUCUUCCCGGAGAGGUCCACACAGACCCCCCACCACACCACACCCAGGGGCUGCCCAGGCUGCAAGGGGCUGUGAAAUGAGAAGAAUGAAAGAGAUUUGAAUGUGUCAUCUUAUCCCAGGCUGGAAAAAAGAAGGAGCUGGCAUUACUGGCUUCGCUCUCCAGGAGUGUUUUAAACAGAACAAGAGGAGAACUGCAAGGCACUUUUCAAUCUGUUUGGACUCCCUGUUUACAGAAGAGAGAUGGAGAUGCCAUCAAACACAAAAGGGGCCGCUGUGUGCCUGCUUCUCUUUGUAUUAAGUUUGGCAGCGGCCAUUGAAAUCCCUCUUUCUGUACGGCAGCUCCCGACAAUUACAGAGCACCCAACCGAUCAAGUUGCAUUUCCUUUCGAUGAAGAGUUUACAAUCAAGUGUGAAGCUAUAGGGAACCCACAUCCAAGCUUUACAUGGAGAAAGGAUGGGAAAGUAUUUGAUCUGCUAGGUGACCCAAGGAUACUUACAUCAAACAAUUCCGGAACAUUUGUUGUUCGGAACCGUGGAAACAUCUCCAUUUUCCAAGGAAGGUAUCGCUGCUUGGCCUCCAAUGAGCUAGGAACUGCCAUGUCAGACGAGAUUGAACUAGUAGUUCCAGGUAUUCCUAAAUUCCCCAAGGAGAAGAUUGACCCGAUAGAUGUAGAAUAUGGAGAUGCGAUGGUCUUGCACUGCAACCCUCCCAAGGGAAUCCCACCGCUGCACAUUUAUUGGAUGAACAUUGACUUGCAACACAUCCCACAAGAUGAAAGGGUCUCUAUGAGCCUUAAGGGGGAUCUUUUCUUUGCAAAUGUGGAUGAAAAUGACAGCCGGAGUGAUUAUUGCUGCUUUGCUGCAUUUCCGAGGCUGAGGACUAUUGUGCAGAAAAUGCCAAUGACACUGACAGUUACACGUUCAAAACAUACUAAUGAUUCCAGUUCACCUAGCGCUGCCAAGGCAAAUUUAAUCAAGGAAAGAAAACCAAAACUUGUUAUCCCUGAGUCUUCUGGCCACAGUUCAGAAGUGACUGUCAUAAAAGGAUCUGAUCUUUUUUUGGAAUGCAUUGCUGAAGGACUUCCAACACCACAUCUAACCUGGAGAAGGGUUGACAGAGGCAGGGAUGACAGAGGAGUCAGAGAGAAUUUUGGGAAGAUAUUGAAGAUAGAACAAGUCACUACAGAUGAUGGAGGGGUCUAUGAAUGCAUUGCCAAGAAUGUUUUGGGAGAAACGAAACAUCAGUUCACAGUGGACGUCGAAGAGCCACCCAUAUGGGUAACGAAACCCAAAAGUGGAGUUUACGGUGUCGGUGAAAGUUUUGUGCUGUUGUGCCAAGCCAUUGGCUAUCCUGAGCCAACUAUAAAGUGGAAAGUGAAUGGCAGGUCUCUUGAUGAGGCAGAAAUAAAAUCCAACAGGGCUGUUUUUUCAACAAGGGAGAUCAGCGUCACUGACCUAGAGCUGCAAGACAGUGCCGUGUACCAGUGUGAGGCUACAAACAAGCACGGCACCAUCCUCGCCACAGCAAACAUCAAUGUGCUUAACAUUCCUCCAGAAAUGUUAACUCCAGAUGGUGAAGAAUAUGUUGCGGUUGUGGGUUACCCAAGCCGCCUGUACUGUCAGUUUUUUGCUGUCCCAUCACCUGAUGUUACUUGGACUAAAGAUUACGACAUGCAGCACCUUGAUCCUGAUCAGAAUGGCACCCUGGAAAUCAGAGUAACAAGAAAGGAAGAUGCUGGGGCUUAUACUUGCUGGGUGAAAAAUUCUGCUGGGAGACGUGCUAUCACUGCUACCCUUACUGUCAGAAAUGCUACCAAAAUAUCUGUUCUGCCGAAGAACCCACAAAUUUUGAAAUCACAUCCAGUUGCAUUGAAAUGCCAUGCUGAGUUUGACUCCCAUUUGAAACACCACUUUCAAAUCUCUUGGAGAAAGGACGGAGAGGAGCUUGUAAAGAAUGGCACAGAGGAUGGGAGAAUAAUUAUGGAGAUGGACACCUUGAUUAUAUCAAAUGUGCAAUUAGAAGAUCAGGGUGUGUACACCUGUGUAGGCCGCACAUCUCUUGACAUUGCCACAGAUGAUUCCCGCAUAACUGUCCUUUAUGUCCCUGACCCACCAGAAGACCUCCACCUCUCCGAAAAACAGGGCAGAAGUGUGAGGCUAUCAUGGAAUGCUGGGAGCAGCAACAACAGCCCAAUUAAUGAAUCUAUUGUGGAAUUUGAAGAGAACCGAUGGGAGCCCAGAAAGUGGCAGGAAUUAAUCAGGCUCCCAGGGAAUGACAGUACAGUUGUCUUACCACUGUCCCCUUAUGUAAAUUACCAGUUCCGUGUUAUAUCUGUCAAUGCCGUUGGGAGAAGCCAGCCUAGCGAACCGUCAGAACGAUAUGAAACACCACCAGCUGCUCCAGACAAGAACCCGGAAAACAUCCGAAUUGAAUCUUCUGAACCACAUGAAAUGAACAUGACAUGGGAGCCACUGAAGCCCAUGGAGCAGAAUGGACCAGGGCUGGAGUACAAAGUGAACUGGAAACAACAGGAUAAUGUUGAAUGGGAUGAAGAAACAGUGAAAAAACAUUUCUUGGUAUUGAAGAACACCCCCACCUUUGUACCUUAUGAUAUCAAAGUCCAGGCAGUGAAUAGCUUUGGGUCUGGCCCUGAGCCCAAUAUAAUAACUGGCUAUUCAAGCGAAGACAUUCCAGAAGCAGCGCCUUCCAAUGUGAUUGUACACGCUAUCAACAGUACUCUCGCCAAAGCCAUCUGGUCUACCAUUCCCAAGGACAGAGUUCGUGGCCACCUCCGGGGCUACAAGGUCAGCUGGUGGAAAAUACGAAGCCGUUUAGAUGGAAAAAGCCAUCGCCAGGAGAAACGUUUCUUGACAUUUAAUGCAGACCGAAACGACGGAAUGAUUCCCGGCCUGGAGCCAUUCAGUGAAUACCUCUUAACUGUUUUGGCUUUUAAUUCCAAAGGAGCUGGACCAGAAAGCAACACGUACAAAUUCCAGACCCCCGAGGGAGUACCAGAAAAGCCACACUUUCUAAAGAUACUAAACUUAGAUAAAGACUCUGUAACACUAUCAUGGGGACCACCGAAGAAACCAAAUGGCAUUGUCACUGGAUAUAUUUUGCAGUACCAGAUAAUUAAUGAAACUGAUGACAUUGGGCCCUUGCAUGAAAUCAAUAUUACUAACCCAUCAUCAUUCAACUUCAGGCUCUCCAAUCUGAGCAUCAGUACAAAGUACAAGUUCUAUGCAAGAGCCUGUACUGUACAAGGCUGUGGGAAACCAAUCACAGAGGAAGCAGUAACAGUAAGCGAAGGCAGUAAAGCUGUCGGGAAGAUUUCUGAAGCAGUAAAUCCCACCCCAAAGACUCAGCCUCUUGAGGCACUUGAGCCUGGAACUGCACACACAGUUCGACUAGUAACUAAGAAUUGGGUUGAUAAUAAUAGCAUUUCUGCAGAUGUAAUAGACGCCAGGGGGAGAGCAUCCAUUGGGAUUUAUGAAAGAAUCUCUACGCAAGGCUGGUUUAUUGGACUGAUGGGUGCCAUUGCUCUUCUGACUUUAUUGUUGCUCACAGUCUGCUUUGUUAAAAGGAACAAAGGAGGGAAAUACUCAGUGAAAGAAAAAGAAGAUUUGCAUCCAGAUCCCGAAGGCCAAUCGAUAAAAGAUGAAAUCUUUGGUGAAUAUAGUGACAGCGAUGAAAAGCCACUCAAAGGGAGCCUGCGGUCUCUUAACAUGGACAUCAAAACUGCAGAAAGCGCUGACAGUUUGGUGGAUUAUGGAGACGGGGACCACAGAAUGUUCAACGAAGAUGGCUCUUUUAUUGGAGCUUACACAGGCUGCAAGGAAAAAGCAUCGGUUGAAAGCAUUGGCAGUUCUACAGCAACCUUCCCUCUCCAUGCAUAAGAUGUUAGCAUGAAUAAUUCAUUUCAGAUCACCAUAUUUAUCGUUUACUAGCCAUCAAAUAUCAUACAGGUCAGACGUAGGCUGCAGGAAAAUUCAAGACCUUGACAUCCGGCCUAUGUAGAAAUAGGCGGUUGACUUCGAAAGCUGGUUUUUGAGACUCUUCUUCCUCAAGGCACGGUCGUUUUCAGUUAGUUAAAAUGUGACUCAGACCUACAGUUUGGUAAGAUAUAUGCCACUCAGUCUGACCAAAACCAUGGCUACUUCAGUGUUAUAUAUGUAUAUAGGGAUCUGGUGCCCUCCAUGUUUCUUACGACCCAGUCCUUUAGAUAUGUGUGGCUGCAACGGCACUCAAACAGCUUACACUAAAAUGUUUACUAUGGCGUCUUUGGUUUCGAUGCUGUGUCACAGGAGUCCUCCUGCACUGCGUCUCAGAUGCAAUCGCAUUUUAAAAAGUGACUACCAAUUACUGGAUGCUUAGGAUUGUGCUGGCAUGACACACCCUGGGUUGGCCAAUGUCAGAUAGGAUGCUGUCUGACCAAAUCAUUGCCAGCCCUGCCUCUGCUAAACCCACCUGGUGCUCAGUUCUCUGCUGCACGGCAACACUAUGCCAGUGUGUUGCAUCUGCCAAUGGUGUGCUAACACUGACCCAUGGUAGCAGUGUGGCAUCUUGUAUCCAGAACGAUCCCAGUGCAAUGUGCUCUACUACUCACCCACUCAAUUCCGAAUGUUUGUUGGCACACUAUAGCUAAAAGGAUUGGACCUUCCUUUGUUUCUCAUUGCCUUUGUAUAAACAUUUCAAAGCCCAUUUUCUAAUACUAUCAUAACCCCGGUACUUACAGGGAUCAGACUCCGGGCAGAUAAAUCAACAGUUACUUUUAGUAAAGUCCUACAUAGUAAAGAGAGAGAGAGAGAAUUCUAAAUAAAUGCAUUCCAAAUGCUACAUUAUUUUAUGCCCUAAAGGCAACUUCCCCAAUGAUUAUGGAAUUCAUAUUCCGUGUUGAUAGCAGGGGCUUCGAAAUGCAGCAUGAUCUACCUUCUGCCAAACUUCCUGAAACAGUGGAUUAAAAGUUUUUCUCCUCUUUUUGACCACUAGCUGGUGCUCUUUCUUUAGGAAAUCAGCUGCAACAGCUUUCUUCUGGCUGGGGAAAGCACAGGUCUGAUUCAGAGCAAUUGAGUCAGUUUUGGGGGGGGUAUAGGUUCUCCGACUGCUUAGCACCCCUUUUAAGCAAAGUGCUGCCUUUUGAAGCAAACUGGGUUUAUCAGUACCCUAGCUGUAUAUUUGUACACCCACACACCUUUUUGUACAUAUUCUGUUUAUAUUGUUGGAAUGGGGGCAAGACACAUUUUUUUUGUUGCUGCUGUUGUUCUGGGUUUUUUUUUUUUUGCAGCAAAACACAAUGGUUUCUGGGACCAUGGAGCUGAGGAUCAACUGGGUUUCUCUUGUCAAGUCCAGUUUUAUAUGAAUGAGGUACAUUUUCCAUACAAAACAUGUUGAGAAGCAUUUCUGCUGUAUUCAAUUUCCCUCCUCCUGUUACACACACACACACACACACACACACACACACACACACACAAUCCCCCAAUGAGUAUUUUAAAAUUCAUUGCAGGCACAGCUUAUGUGCUACUGAAUCAAAGGAAAUGUCAUUACUGAAAAAAAGUCUUUUAUAUAUUAUUAUUUAGUCCCAGCAGAUUUGUCUAUUUGGGCUUGUAGAACAACUGUUACCCAGUACUAGAAUUAUUCCAGUGAGUUUUAUGCACACGUGGUCAGGUUAAUGACAAUGAUAUUGGAGGCUGCUGCAUGAAAAAUUAUCCCAGGGUGAGAUAUCUCAGCAUUUUGUGUGAACAUAUAGUCAGUUUGUUAUUCAACCUUUCCCCAUAUUAUUUGGUAAGCAUUUACAUAUACAUACUGAUAAAUCUGGUGCAUGCAUUUUAAAAAAUAAAUUCUGAGCAUGUACAAAUAUUAUGCUACUAUUGUUCUCUUUUGAGGUGAUUAUGGAACUUAACAAAUAGUGAUGGAGAACUAGCUCCACUUACUCCAGGGCAGACUCAGAAUCUUCAUAGGGCUUCAGUUUACUGCAAAGGGCAUCCCAGUUGGCAACACUUCAGUCAGUUACUUUGGGGGGAUUAUUAGAGCAUUUGGUGCCAAGAUGACUGAGAUAAUUUAGGCUCUUAUAACAGUUCACACAGGUAGUUCUUUUGGCCUGUUCCACAGGUGACAGAGGAGAUUGCGUCACCAAGAUUGGCUGUGUGUUAUCGUUUAUCAACUUAAAAUCUGGCAGAGAGUGAGGAAGCCUGUGUCAUUCCUUCAGUGGUAUUUUGGAAAGUGGUAAAAUCUGAACUAGAUACACAGAUGCAGCAAUGCCUUCCUUGGGCAAAUGCCACAGAGGAAAAACCUGAGCCAAAGUCUCAUGUGCCUUCUUUAGAGGGACUGAGGAGCUGGAUGGAUGCAAAGCAUUCAAUGCCCUUCAGGGCCCACCAUAUGAUGUGGAAAUUUGCUAGUCCCCAAGGACUCAAAACGCGAGGCUGACCUCCCAAUGUUGGUUCAAAAAUCUGCUGGGGGGACGGGACACAAAACCCUGUUAAGGCAUUCAGUUACCUGGGAGCACCUUGUUGACCAUCACAUAACAGCAGUAUGUAUCAGACUUUUUACAAAUGCUUUAUGAUGCUACGGCAAUAUCCCUUCUGUUUCCCAUUUAUCAUAUGAGUGCUUUUAUCUAUUCCAAUUUUUCCUUCAGAAGGUGUAAACCUUAAUGUCACAUCUCAAAGCUAGAAGAAAACAUAAAAUGCCAAAAGAGAGUGCACAAUGAAAAUGUUUUUAAAAAUUGCAUUGAAUUGUUAAAUAUGUGUUAGCUGAAUAUUAAUGAAUAGUGUGAGAUUUUGGUUUGUUUUUUUUAAAAAAGUCUGCCUAUUAAUAUCUUCCCAUUGACACGCUCUAAAGACUUCUUUAAAAACAACAUGAAACUCCUGAACAUUCCUGGACAUUUUCUUGAGCAAGAGAGGGAGGGAGUUGUGAAAAAGAAAUAUUAAUGUUUUCCAGUAUGAGCUUAAUAGUUGAAGCCAGAAUACAUGCUGUGAUUUUAGCAGGGAUGUUGUUUCCCCCCACAAUAAGUGUAAAUUUGAGAUGACAGCAGAGUUGAUUUAUCAUCUUAAAAGCAGAGGUUAUGUUGAACCUCUUUCUGCAUUCAGAAAUAUAAAAUUCCAGUAAUAUUAAAUAUUUGCCACUUGAUAUGCAGAGCUGAUAAAUUGACAUUGCAUACUUAGAUUUUCAGAAAGCUUAUGUGAAAGGGAUGGGCCAUACUUGGAAACUUCUUUUCUUCAUGUGAUUCCUGCCCCAAGUCUACAGAUUUGGAACUGUCAGGGUAAACCAGAUUGUAUUCUGCACAGCCUGAAACAGCUAGCCACUGGAAAAACAUAGUGAGAGCUGGUAUAUAAGCUACAAUUGGUCCCAAUAACUUACUACGACCACCACCAAUCACUAUAUGACUGAAUAACACAUUUGGAAAAUAUAGUUGCCAUGCAAAAUUAAAAUUAUAUUUAAAAAGCAUCUCAUGGUGAUUUACAAUGUGAAAUUGGGCUAAGAUUACAAAACAAUAUGGCUUUAAGGGUUUCAAAUUGUACAAACAAUACAACAUAGUAGAUAACACAUCAUAAGCCACUACUUACUGGAAAGGGAGAAAUAACUAAUUCUUCUUUGUUUCAUUAUAUUUAUAAAGAUUGUACGGAAAGCGUUUCAAUAAUAGAGUAGUUCUAGCAAUAUCCGUGAGAUUAUAGAGCAGCUGCUUUGAGGAUUUUGAUUUGUUUCGGAGCUCUUUUCCAUAGGAUGUGGACCCAUGCCAUGUUUAUAGAAAAAGAAGUGCCAGAACUCUUGUUCCCUUAUAAUGGUAAUGGCGCCCACUUGAGAGGUGCCAGAACUGAGUUCUGCUGAGUUCCAGCUGAAAAAAACCAGUCCUGUUGUGGACCCAUGGUUGUGCAGAAAUGGUCCAAUUGCAACCUUCCUAAAAUUUCCAUCGACUUGGCAACAGAGCAGGCCCUCUCAGACUAGGAUUUGUUUCAGUUGGAAUAUUAAGUCUUUCACCUCUGAACGUGCAAUCAUGUGCAGACUCCUGUGGAGGUAAACUGUCUUAAACCAAACCCUGUUCAGGUAUCUGCCUCCCCACAUUAAAUUAGAAUCAUAUUAAAAAGAAAGCCCUGUCUCCUCUUAUCAUGUUGUUGGUAAAAUUUCUCCAGUGAGUAGCCUGUUCUGCAUGAUGGAGGCUGCAUAAUAUAUUGGAUGCAAACUCCUGGGUAGAAACUCAGGGAGUGCAGGAUGAGUGCAGGUUAGUUAAAAGUGUAACAUUGGAGGUUUAUUUGCAAAUCAUCCCUAUGCACAAAUGGGAGACAGGGUGGUUGCAGAUCAGGGUUCUGAAUUGUUUAGACCAACUGCAAGUACAGAACAGGCUGCCCACAGCAGAAUUUGCUCCUCCAACACAUGGAGGGUGAUGGAGCCAAGCAAGGGCAUGGCAACCAUGGAACUUUUUUCAGAGUAAACACAGAAUUACACUAUAAAUCUGCCAUUCAGAGUCUUAAAUGUUUACAUGUCAGUCCCAUUCCUAUUCACCUCAAGUCUCCAAAUUUGGGAUCAUCUGUAAUUUUUCAGCUUUUGCACAGAAUUGGUCAGAGCCAAAGCAUAGAAUUUGUUUUUAUAUAUACAUAUAUACACAUUUCUUCAUGGGGGGAAAAAAGAUGGGGACAUGAAUACCAGGCGCAUACUGUUACUUUUUGAAAUCAAUGUUAGUGGAGGUUUAUUAAGGCUUAGAAAAGUGUGUUUGUAUUGUAGUUGCUGUUUGUAUCAUGCCGAUGUAUAUGUAUGGUUUAAAAAAAAAUAUUUUCAUUCUACAUGAAUUUCAACUUUGCUAAUAAAAGUUUGACUUGAUGUAAUCUUCAAAA